CACUAAACUGUAAGCUUGGCCUAGCUGUGUCUGCAACGUGAGUUCCUUGCAAAAUGGCGACAGAUAAAAAGAAAAUCUCCGAAGCGGUAGAAAUGGCAUUGGCGCAUAUUGCAAAUAAUGCCCCUGGAGAGUAUUCCAAGCUAACUGCAUUUAAAAAAUUGAAAUAUUCUAUCAAGGAGACGGCCAGAAAAAUAGCCAAGGAACAAGUAAAGCUCUCUCACGAGUUUGAAUGUGGACCUCAAAAAAACAUCCGCGAGCGCCUUGCCAAGCAUCUACCCGAAGACCGAAUCAAGCUGAUUGAAGAGGCUCUUUUCAUCCCAACAUUCCGCAUGGAAAUCGGCAAGCCUGAGAUGGACAAUGGCAAAUCUCUGGUGGAGAUAAAGGGAGGACAGGAGGAGUUCCUGCCUUCCAGGGAGCUGGCAGCACACGAAGACAUCAACUGGGCCAUGAAUUUACAGCACGCUAGUAUUGUAGUGGAAGCAGUGAUGUUUGUCAUGCAGGCGGCCGGCAUAAAGGUAUCUGUAAGUGGCAGUACUAUGAAAGAAACCGUUGAAGACACUGCGAAAGCAAUCGAAAAGUCUUCAGCAUUCCAGCAAGCGUUACAGAAGUUUGUCAGCACAUGGAAAACGGCAGGGAACAGCGCAACCGAGAGAGCCAAAGCCAUUUUCUUCCUUCUUAAAGACACCUACGCAGCUGGAUUGCUGUGGACCAUAAUCAAGAGUUUGUGCAAAGAGACCAAAUGGUACGAUUGGUUGGAGACUACAACGAAGGUUAGCGCCAUGAUCGUAACAGCCCUUGCCACAGAUGGGGCAGCGCUAAUAGCUGAGAUUGCUUUGACCGUCCUAGCGACCGUUGACUUCGCCAGGAAGAUCGAUAAUGUUGUACAACAAGAAGAGAUCAGGAAAACUCUACAAGAAGAACGAGAUCAUACAGGUUCCGAUAAUCUACCUUAGAACAGGUAUUACAGUCUAUGUGUAUACUUUACAUGAGUAAAUUAUUUUUAAGAGGACAGUCAGACUGCAAGCUUUUGUAAUAUAUGCCAGAGUCCCUCGAAAUUGUAGAAAAAAACAGCAACCGAUUAGUAAUGAAUAGGAAUCGAAGACAAUGGAGUGAACUGUUACAUUCCGGCAAGGAGUUAUUGUAGAGUGAUUUCCAGCUGUUAUGGAGCGCACUCUUAACAUAUUUAGUAGGUUUAUGAAAGUAAUGAAAAUUAUUUCACCGUGAGAUGUGAGAAAAUCGACUUUGUAAACAAUGAAAUCAUUGUAUAUAGCAGCCGAAUUUAACUGAGUGAACCGGCUAUCUCGAUCAGA